CGAGCUCCUUUUUGUUAGCUUGUUGCACGUUUAUUCCACGGUGUAGAACUUUGAAAAAAAAACUGCAAUUAAAAUAUGUCUGGAAUCACCAAAAAGAUAAUCAAUACCGCAUCAGCCCCAGCUGCUAUUGGACCGUACAGUCAGGCGGUGGUCGUGGAUAAAACCAUGUACAUUUCAGGACAGCUGGGCAUGGACGUGGCCUCUGGUCAGCUGGUUGAUGGUGGGGUUCAAGCCCAGGCCAAAAAGGCACUCAUCAAUAUGGGUGAGAUCCUUAAAGCAGCUGGAUGUGACUACAGUAACGUGGUGAAGACCACCGUGUUGCUUGCAGAUAUAAAUGAUUUCAACAGCGUUAAUGAAGUCUACAAGACAUUUUUCAGCAGUAACUUCCCUGCCAGAGCUGCCUACCAAGUGGCUGCACUACCCAGAGGCGGACUGGUGGAAAUCGAGGCGGUUGCUGUUCUCGGACCUCUCUCAGACUCAUCUUGACUAACCGACCGUUUUAGACACAAGUUGUAGUCUCUCUCUCUCUCAAGUGACCUUGGUAUGCCAUGGAAACCUAACCCUAACUUUAACAUAUAGUUUGAAAUUAAAAUGAUUGAUCACGUUGGGUGUUACCUCAUUGCCAUUUGUUGGUAAGCUAGAGGAAAAACAAAAGCUGUAAAACCUCUUGUCAUCUCGACAACUGUUAUACUAAAUGAAAUAUGUAUGAAUUUUAAGGCUGCAUUUUAUUUUUUUAUAAAUGGUCACAAAUAUAAAAUUUUGAUUUUUUUUUAAAGAUUGGAGAUAAAUUACACAUUAUAAGGGGAAAAAAACACUAUCCUGUCAAAAAUCCACAUUGGUGUUUAGAAUCAGUAGGAUACUCAAACUGUGUUCGUAGAGUACUGUGCAAAUAUCUUAGGCAUAAUUACAAAAAAUCUCAAGUUUCUAAACAUGACUGAUAGAAAGCAAAUAAAUUGAAUUCCUUUAUAUGAAUUAUAUCAUGGUUUUAUUGGAAAAUCAUGUUGAUUAAAUCAUUGAUUACUAUCCAGUUUGUGAGGAAUUGUGGUGAGCU